AUGUCGCCUCCGUCGGCGACUCCCGUACCGGACAUGGCAGUCCCGGAACCUUCAUCGAACGUGGCGGCUCUUCCAGGAGAAAUUGAAAUGGCCGAGCACCCACCCCUUCCGUUGUCGCCGCCGAGGCCUCCGACCACGGCCAUAGGUGCGGCCACCUCGUCGAGGGCGUGCGACAGCUGCAAGUCUUCAAAAACCCGAUGUGAACGGAUUUCCGAAGCAGCACCGUGCCAUCGUUGCUCGAAAACAAACAGGCAAUGUGUCGUUGCUGGUGUUGUCCUUCAGGUGCUCGUGCCCGCGGACUCGGAUAUGAACCACCCAGGAGAGGGUCCGGCCUCCCCUCGAACAUGCAGUUCUAGACACGCUCCCCAAAGACAUCAGGCAUCACCUCUUCAGGCAAGACCAAAUACAUCAUUAGACAUUAACGCCGCCGGCACUGCAGCCGCUACCGACACGCCUCUGCUACUGCCUUCCCUCGCCAACUACAUCGGCGCAGAGAGUAGAUGGAACGGCGGUUUGGACCAAGACAGUCGUGCGGCCGGACCAUUUGACACACCCACGCAGGCGUUGCAGAAUGGGGUCGCAGAGAAGCUAACCCGACAAAAUUACCAGGCUAAGCUUGGGGACUUGCAGCGGGAGGUUCUUGCGGACCUGGAACUUGUCAAAUACUGCAAGGCGGCUGACAAAUGCCCUGAGGCUACCCUACCUCCAGAGCUGGGCUACAAUUCCUCCUUCUUGCUUGGACGGAUGCUCGCGCAAUCCAAAACACUCCUGGAGAUACUGGACCUGUUUGGCCCGACCGCGCUGGCACCUACUCCUUCCUCAGACGGAUGUGCGCCCGACGGCAUUUCAACGACCAAUGCAAGUGUUCGCUGCGACGUGCCCUCGAUGUUCUCGCUCUUCUCAUGUUUCGUCUGCCUGAUUCGGAUUUACCGGACCAACUUCUCGACCAUUCUUGACUCGAUGCCAACGUUAUUUGGUCUGCAACGACCCGUACCUCAAUUAUUCCCGGCCAUCAACCUUGGGGGCUUCUCGCUGGAAAACCGUCUCGAUCUGCAGGUCCAGCUCCUCCUCCAGAUUAGUAAUGAAAUGUUAUCGAGUCUGAAAGCAAAGUUGGGUAUUGCAGAAGUUGGCGGGCUUGCGAGCAAGAGCGUGUUUGACCCGGAGAAGACAGGGAUGCUGGUUGCAAUGUUAGAGGAUGAGGCCCGUGAGCAGCCUCCACUUCACGAGCCGCGAGGCCACUGUGCACCGUUGACGGAGAUCCUGGAAAACCUGCGCCAGAUUAUCCAAGCAGAAAACGCGAAGAGGCAGCAGGGUGGCUAG